CCUAUAAGGCUGUUUGUCGUCCAGGAGUGAGUCUAGCAAGUGACUCAACAUCUUUCUUUAAGACUCGUCCAUGUGCUCCUCCAGGAGCGCCUAUUGGUAAAGAAUUUAAAAAGAAAUCAAUAACUGUAGCUUGGGAUGUUCCUACAUCUGUGGGUGAAGAUGUUUUGGUCACUGAAUAUGUGUUUGAGUUCAGAGAAAUCGCAAAAGAUCAGCAAAAGCCAUGGAAAGCUGUGAAAUGUACAAGCAGGGAGUGUACUCUUCAGAAACUGAAAGAAAACACAGAUUACACAGCCAGAGUUUCUGCUAACUGUGGAAAUUAUGGAGAGAGUCUUUACAGUCCUGAAAUAGCGUUUUCCGCAUUAGUUGAUGAUGAACUGUUAGGUAAAGUUGGAUGUACGUUGUUCCUAAGUCAAUCUUCAUGUAUACAGAAGGGGAAUCCUCUAAUUCAUGCACUCAAUCUACACUCAAAAGAAAAAAUGAAUCAAUAUUUUAACCAGUAUGACUUUGGAACUAAGGUGGAGAAUAUGAAAAGUAAAGUCAUUCUUCUUCUGGGAGCAACAGGAGCAGGAAAAACCACGCUGGUCAAUGUGAUGGUCAAUUACAUACUGGGAGUAAAGUGGGAGGAUGGCUAUCGCUUUAAACUGAUCAAUGAAGUGACCAAUCGCUCACAGGCUGAGAGUCAGACACCAAAUGUCUCAUCUUAUGAGCUGCACAGUCAGUCUGGCUUUCAAAUUCCCUACUCCCUCACAAUCGUAGAUACACCUGGAUUUGGGGACACAAGAGGAAUCACACAUGACAAACUGAUAACAGAGCAGCUCAAAAGCUUUCUUUGCAGCCCUUUGGGAAUUGAUCACAUCGAUGCUGUCUGCUUUGUUGUCCAGGCCUCUCUUGCCCGCCUUAGUGCAACUCAAAGGUAUAUCUUUGACACAGUCUUGUCACUUUUUGGCAAAGACAUUGAAGAGAACAUAAUUAUUUUGGUAACAUUUGUGGACAGUGAAGACAUACAAGUGCUAGAAGCCAUUAAAGCAGCAAAUCUGCCCUGUCAAAGAAAUAGAAAUGGACAACCCAUCUAUUUCAAGUUUAAUAACUCAUCUGUGUUUGCAGACAAAAAAGGAGAACGAUCUGUUUGUGAGAAAAAUUCAGAUGACUCGGAUGAUUCAGAUGACUCGGAUGAUUCAGAUGACUCGGAUGACUCAGAUGACUCGGAUGACUCAGAUGAUUCAGAUGACUCAGAUGACUCGGAUGACUUGGUCAGAAACAAAAAGAGUGCCUGGAAAUCAACUUUCAAACAGAUGAAGGCUUUUUUCAGGGUACUGGGGAACACUAAAAGUAAAGAUCUGACGCUUACUAUAAAAGUCUUGGAGGAACGGGAGCGCCUUGAGAAAGCCAUGACAGGUCUAAAGGUUCAAAUAUCUGCUAGUCUUUCCAAAAUGAAUGAGAUAAAACAAUUCAAGCAAUUUUUGGAAAAUGAAAGUGAGACAAUGAAGCAAAAUGAAAAUUUUGAACAAGAAGUACAAGUGACAAAAAAAAUCAGAACUGCGGUAAAUGGUUACACAACAAAUUGCAACAUCUGCUGCUUUACAUGUCACUCCAACUGCUUCCUUCCAGCAGAAGAUUUGGUGUGCACCUGUGCUGUUCUGGAUGAUUCUGGCUACUGUGUUGUCUGCCCUGAAAACUGCCAUGAAAGCAUUCACUCAAGAGAACAUUACAACUGGACCUAUCAAACAAAAACUGAGAAGAAAACUAUUGAAGAACUAAAAGAAAAUUUCAUGAAGGCAAAAGGAAAGUUUAUGGACUCAAAGCAAAUGCUUGAUUCACUUGAAGAGGAAUUCUUAGUAAAAGAGGACCAACUAAAACAGCUGAUCAAAAUGUCUUCUGACUGCUUGAGAAGACUGGAUGAAAUUGCUUUGAAGCCAAAAUCUAUGUCCACUGCUGAAUAUAUUGAAAUCCUAAUCAAAGCAGAGGAGGAGGAAAGAAGUCCUGGAUUUGAAGACCGCAUUGUUGGACUUGAGAACAUAAAAAAAGAAAUGAUACUCAUGGAAAAGAUAGCAAGAGGAGAAAAUCUACUUGAUAAAGAUGAUCCAGCAACUGAAUGCUGA